ACAGAUGGGUUAAUUACUAUGCAUCUCUUAAAUCUUACAACAAAACGAUACACCAAAUGGAAAAACAAGUGCAAAACUCUAAAAAAUGAUCUAUUACUUGCUGAUAUUCAACUAGAUAACAAGUGGGCAGUACAACUUGAUGCAAAUUUAAGACAUGGUGCUGUGGGCCAGGCUGAAAAUAUUGUUAUUCCUGCUCAUACAGUAUUUGAUAAAGUUUGGUCUUUUGCCGAUGGGUGCCCAACAGAUCGAUUACCCAAUCCACCAAAUGCUAAUACAGGCAAUAGUGUAGUUGUA